AUGGAGAGCAGCACCUGCGAGGACUUCAGCCCAGGUGGCCCCAGAAGCACAGAGCUCCGGGACUCGCUCAGUGAAGGGCUGGGUCAGGGUACAGACUCCUCCGCAUUGAGCCCAAACUGUGACAGUGCCACAGAGGGACCUGACCCGUUUGAGAGCUCCUCAGAUGAGGUGGAGCUCACCUCUUCUCCAUCACAUUCAGCUGACAACUCUGCUGCAGACAAGCAACCAGACCUGUCCUCCACAGACCCCAGCAGUGCUUCCAGUCAAGUCCCAACUACACUGGAUGACACCGAAGCUGCAGGAGCUGGUGAUUGCAACGACACCCCUAAAUUAAUCAAACCUCCCUCUAAAUGCGCCAGCAGCUCUCAGACUCGGCCCCUGACCAGCCAAGCAUCUGUCCAGCCUGACCCGGAGAUCCCUGGGGUGAGCAGAGGAUGGCCCGAGCCCAUCAAUACCAGUCCUACCCCGGCUCUCUACGUCCAGCUGCACGGUGGAGCAGUGAGGCGGCUGGGGGAUGAUGAGAGGCCUCUGCAGAUAUUAAACGAGUACCUCACUAACCUGGGGUUUGAAGACCAAUGGAGGGUGCAGGCGGAGGGGAUGAAUCCUGAAAUCGGCUGCCUCAUACGCUUCUACUUUGGUAAGCCUCGGAGUGUGGGCGGUUCUGAGCGUGUGCAGCUCUCUGGGGUGUUCAACGUGCGGAAAGGGAAGCUGGCGCUGCCGGUGAACCGGUGGUCGAAGCGUCAGGUCACUCUGAGUGGAACCUGCCUCAUUGUCUCAUCGGUGAACACGCCCACACCGGUGGAGGAAGUAAAGAGACACAGCCACUGUCUGGCUCUCAGCUCGGCUGGUCCUCAGAGUUCAGACCACUACAUCAGCUACGACUCGUACACAGAGCACCUGCGCUGGCACCGGACCGCCUCAAAG